AUGAGCACCAACAAGCAAGUUCAGUCCAACAAUCCAUCGCCACAAGCUUUUCCAUCUCCACCGCCAUCUUGGGCCGACAUUCCAAUUGAGAAACCAGCUUGUUUUGAGAACACCAAGUUCAGCCACAAGAAUAAGGAGAAGAAGCGCACAUAUAAGAAUAAAAGAAGAACUAACAAUGGCUCGGACAUCUUCACAAAUAUGGGAACAUUCGGACAACCUGAGGCAGUCAACAACAACUUUAAUUUCGACUUCAACAAUGAGUUUCAGAAUUAUGAGGAUCAAGUGCAAGACGUGUUCACCAACAUGGGCACAUGGCAUAACGGAAUGGUUUAUUAUCCGCCGCCGCCACCGCCAUCCAUUCCAUCUCCACCGGCGUCGGUCGUCAUCUUCGGUACUCCACACUACUAUCCAGAAGAGCACAUCAAUCAAGGGUGCGAGUACUAUCCGGACGGAAGCUACGGACCAUCACCAAGCGGAACGGGAUCGCCAUUCCAGAACAUCGAGCUUCAUCCAGAUUAUGUUGACGGGUAUUUCGACUCGAACUUUGUUUAUCGUCCAUAUCCAAAGCAGCCUUCUGCGAAUUAG